AAAAGACGUGAUUCAUCUUUUCCCAAGUUGUUGGAACUUGUUGACAUUGAAAAUGGAGGCAGUCCCGCGACUGCCCAUGUUAAGCUUCGAGCUUAAACAAAGUGCAGAAAACGCAGAAUUUGGACCAAAAUUGAAGCAGUACAUUCGUGACCAUUAUCAUGAAGACCCAGACAGUUAUAGUGCAGAGAUCCAUGAGCUGGAGGGCCUGCGAGCCAGUGCCAUCCAUGCUUCAAGGGACUUCACAGGGUGCUCCACCCUCAAGAAAUACUACUGUCAGCUGCACUAUCUCCUCUCCAGAUUUCCACUUAAUGAGGACUCGAGCAUUGCUGUAACAUUUAAUUGGUAUGACAUCUAUUCUAGUAUGGUGUAUAAUGUCACAGACAUUAAGUAUGAAAUGGCCUGCAUCCUUUAUAAUAUUGGGGCUCUGCAUACCGAACUAGGAGCCAUGGAUGCCAGAAAUACACCAGAUGGGAUGAAAAUAAGUUGUACACAUUUCCAGUGUGCAGCUUGGGCAUUUCAGCAUCUGCGUGACACUUAUCCACAACCACGGGAGUCAGACCUAAGUCCAACGUUGUUGACCUUUUUGUACAAUGUUUCACUAGCACAAGCUCAGGAAUGCAUUCUUGAGAAGAGCAUGACAGACAACCGCAAGCCAACAAUUAUUGCCAAAGUUGCAAUGCAAGUUGUGGAAUACCUGAAAACUGCAAUGAACAACCUUGGAUCCCCAAAGUCUCCAGAUUCAACAGUGACAGAAAUUGCAGGAUCUCGAAAAAUUAAGAUGUGGAGAAGAUACUGUGAAUUUAAGAUGGCAUACCAUGGAGCAGUUGCCCUGUUAUAUCAAGGAAUGCAAGCAGAGGAACAACAGAAGAUGGGAGAGAGGGUUGCAUACUACCAAGCAGCAGUUGAUAUGCUAAAGGAGGCUUCCAAAUUGGCCAAGAACUUAGAUCAGCAGGAGCUGAUAGGAGAGAGUCUUACCUUCUCUCAUGAUGUGAUGGGAGGAAAGCUAACUGCAGCCCAGAAGGAGAAUGAAUUUGUGUACCAUGAAAAGGUUCCUGCUGCCACAACGCUGCCUGAAGUCAAGGGUGCGUCACUAGUGAAGGGAAUCCCUUUUAGUGUGACAGACCCUGAAGUUGCUGGCCAAGACAUCUUCAUCAAGCUUGUGCCCAUGGAAGCUCAUCAGGCUUCUUCUAUGUACAGGAAAAAAAAGUUGCGAAGAAUUGGGUCAUCUAUUCAGGAGAAGAAUGAAGAGCUAGAAAGUUACCUGGCUUCCAUGCAGUUAGACACUUUGACACUAGACACAGGAUCGGAAAACCUUCCCCAGGAACUGAUUGAAUGCUGUGCAGAUCUCAGUGCAAGCAAUGGUGUGCAGAAGCUUACAGAUAUCAUGGCAAAGAUAUCUAGCUUCUAUCAUGAUAUUAAUGCUUCUCUCAAGGAGAUCACCAGACUCAUUGAGGAAGAAGAGGAGAAAGAGAAGGAGUUCCUUGCUAUGAUGGGAAAGCGAGCCCCGAACAUGAUAGUGGGAGAGCUCAAGCGCGAGGCCAACAAAUAUCGAGAGGCCCAUCAGAGUGCCCAGGACAACAACACAGCUUUGCACAGAGCUAUAACAUCACACUUGGCCAACCUUCAGUUACUUACCAAACCUCUGGACCAGGUAGCUUCUGCCAUCCCCUCUGUGGCCAGUGUUGAAGCUCAAGGUGACCCGGCCACAAAGCAGGAGGUGAAGCGACUAUUGGGUAAAGUAAAGGAGAUGCGUACACAAAGGGCACAGCUAGAGUCUCAACUGAGGACAGACAUUCAGAACGAUGAUAUCACAAAGCAGUUGGUGACCAACCAGGAUGACACUGAAGAGUUCUUCAAGAAUGAACUGAAAAAGCAUGACAGAUUGGUUUUAGGUUUAGAAAAAAAUAUGACUGCCCAAGCCAAUAUCCUGCAAGCUCUCUCAGAGGCCAAUGCUGCUUAUGCCACCACCCGUCGCCUCACCAAUCAGGCCCAGGCACAGAGAUCAGAGACUCUGUCGUCUCUGUUGGCAUCGUAUAAUGCGUACCUCAAUAUACUUAAGAAAGCUGAAGAUGCUCAAGAGUUUUACCAUAAGCUGGAGGGACAAGUGAGCAAACUUGCAUCUAGGGUUAAGUCUGUCUGUAGGGUGCAGGAUGAGGAGCGAGAGGAGAUGCUCUCAGCAAAUGUUAAGAAGUUCACAGGUGGUGUGCCUCCAACCAAGCCUAUAAGAGAGGGGAGCAUAGAAGCACCAGGAAGCUCCACAAGUGGGCCAAAGCUGAAGGAUUUCUUACAGCAUAUGAAGGGAGGCCCAGGGAUGGCGGGUGUGGUUCCGGCAGCUGGUGCUGGAGUGUCGCCACAGGUGCAUCCAGGGUAUGGAUAUCAUGACCCCAGCGGUUCUUAUGCCAGUAGUAUGAGGCCUGCUCCACUGGGAUCAGAACAGAGUGAUGCUAUGACAUCCUGUAGUCAAGCUGGAGGAUAUUCAGCAAAUUACUCUAGCCAGUCAGCAGCAUACCGUCCAUCUGCUCCUUCCCCAGUUCCUUCCCCAGCCCCUCAGACCUCUGGCUCACCAUAUAAAGUUCCCACUACAACUGCAGCGUACAGUGCACCAGGUCACUAUUAUGGUAGUCAGCAAAUGGGUGCUACUCCAUACUCUGCCAGUGCAUCGGCAGUAAGUUACCCCUCUAGUAUGGGAGCAGGUGCUACUGCAUCAUCAACAGCAACAGCUUCAGUUAGUGAAUCAGCCACUCCAUAUAACACAGCUAGCAGUGCUCAUUCCUCUAAUAUCUAUAAUAUGAGCCAAGCAGGAAGUCAGCCUCAGUAUGGAUAUAGUGGAGGAUAUUAUUAUGGACAACAGAGUGUAGGAGCUGCAUCUUCUGUGAAUACAUCAACAGCUGUUAGUGGUGGAACUCAACAUAGUGGAGCCACAGCAUCUCCACAGCAUACUGACUUGGCAGCACAUAGUCAGGCCCAUCAAUAUAGUUAUGGUUCCACUUACCCACCAGGUGUUGCAUCAGGCGCCAGCGGCAGCAGUAGUACAGCUGUGGGAAGAACAAGGGCUGCCGGGAGCACAGGUGAAGGAGGCCCAUCUGUGAUUCAGAAGGACACAAGAAACAUGGGUCAGAAUUACUAUGGGUAUUAUCAGCAACCAUCUGGGACUUCUGCCAUGCCAACUACAGCAGUGACUGCAGUUACAUCGGCUUCUGCCGGAAGUACUCAGCAAGCAUAUCCUACAACUACAGCAGGUGGUAGCAAUUAUUAUUAUCCUCCAUAUUCCUAUCAGUACCCAAGUGCACAGGCAACGAGCCCUGCACCUGCUGCAAUGUAUAGUCAGGCAGGCUCUUAUUAUUCAUCAAAUAUGAGUCCAGACUCAAAUAACCAAUCAGGAGGUGUUGUAUAUUCAAACCAGACUCCUUAUGCCGGCUAUGCCAAAUCACCAUAUAGCAACCAACACCCUGGGACACAAGGAGAUGCAUCAUACCAGAAUUCUGCUGGAUCAAACUUUGCUACAGGUGCAUAUGGUAGUUCAGCAAGUGGUAGUACCCCAGCAGGAGCUUAUCCACAGUCCAAAACAGCAACUUCUCAAGCUGUGCCCAUAUCUACAACAGGGACUCAAGUGCCACAGUCACAAUGGAACAUGUAUGCAAGUUAUCCACAGUCAGGCAUUACAUCCAUCAGCAGCAGCCAAGCAGGAAGUCCUGGAACAUAUGGCACCCAGAGUUCUGCAAACAGAGCACCUUCAGUGUCAGCUACAUUUACCACAUCUAAGACAGGUGCAUCGACAGUGCCUUCUCAAGCUUAUCCAUCAUCUGUUGUAGUAACAGCUAAUGCAACUAAUACUCAUUACAGUCAGACCAUGAUGUAUAAUCAGAAUUAUCAGACCUGGGCACAGUAUGGCUCACAUCAGCAGAAUCGUAAGCCGUCUGCUGUUGAUCCCUUGACUGAUGACCAGACGCUCAAGAGGGUUGCAGGUGAAACUGAAAGGUUGAGCAAGAUCGUGGAAGGGUUGGAUCGCAAGUCUCUAAAUGGCCCAACGAACCUUGAUAAAAAAUGGAAGGAACUUCAGGAAGUUGUGGAGAAGGAAUGUGGGGAGUUGAAAGUGUCAGUCGCACGGUGCUAUCCUCUUAAAAAUAGAUUUGCUGAUAUUCUUCCCUAUGACCAUACUAGAGUUACUCUUCCAUCAGCUAGAGAUGACUAUAUCAAUGCUUCUUUUGUACAGUUGAAAUCUACUGAAGAAAGUUUCCCUCUCAUCCUAACCCAAGCACCCAUGCCAGCUACAUUUGUAGAUUUCUGGACAAUGGUGUGGGAACAGCAAGUUGAAAUCAUUGUUUGCCUAAACUCUGAAGCCGAGGUCAAAGGACAGACAUAUUGGCCUGGAGAAGUCGGCAGUAGUUGUGAUUAUGGGCAGAUAACCAUCUCCUUGCAUAGCUGUCGUGAGGCAGGGUCUCCAGUGUCAUUCCAACGAGUUUUGCAUGCCACACACCGAACUUCUAGAGUGACGAGGGUCAUAAUUCACCUGCAGUUCUUAGGCUGGCCACCAAGUGCCAUGCCAGAGAGUCCUGGGCCACUUCUGCAAUUCAUAUCAGAAGUGCACACGUUCCAGCGACAGCAAAGAAAUAAAUUAAGGGCAAUUGUGGUACACUGUGUUCCUGGCUUGGGCAGAUCCACAGUGUUUUCAAUAUUAUCUGCUUAUAUGAGGGAACUGCAUUCAAAUGGCAUUUUAUUAGACUUGACGUCCCUAUUGGUCGAACUUUCGAGGCAGCGAAGGGGCGGGAUCCAGGACAAAGAUCAUCUCUACUUCCUCUUCUCAGCAGCUUUGUACUACUCUCAGGAUGUUCUCAUGAAAAGAGGAAUCCUGACCAAUAAGGCUACUUUUGAGGAGGGUCCCCGAGAAAAAACCCAUGUCCGCCAUCCCUCUGCUGACCUCCUGUCCUCCUAUGACUUGUCUCGGCUUAAAAGCAAACUGGGUUUAGACCAAGAAUGUGGUAAAGCAAGAAGCGAAGGGGAAUGCUCAAGAAGCAACUCUGCCUCAUCUCUACUUAGCAAUGGAUCGUCUGCUGGGAUUGAUCUAGUAGGAGAAGGGCAGAGGGAAAGCAGCCAAGAACCAAGCUCAUCUAGUGCUUUAGAGGUUCCUGAUACCUCUGUUGGUGGUGAUGGUAGUGAAGCAGAUGGUAGUUUAGAUAAAGUAGAAGAGAGUGCCUUGGACAGUAAGCUCAACACUAGGGCUGUGAAAGUGGGUGGUCUUCUGGACACAGACCUGUCAUCAUUAGCACCAAGCUUAGCUGCUAGUUUAGACCCACAGCAAUUUAAAAUUGAUCCGCCUGUGCCUGGAAAGCCAAGCAAAAUCACCAAAGAAAGUUUUGAGAAUCCGUCUGGACCCUUGAAGAUUCCAGAUGAUCCAGCUGAUCCAUUUAGUGGAUUAGACCCUCUUUGGUCCCACAAGAAAUCAUAAAUUUGGCUAAUUUAUUGACAUGUACUCUUUACCUAUGCAAUCUGGUAAAUCUUCUGCAAGUCCGUGUUAUUUUAAAAUUUGUCAAAUGGUCGUCAGUGUCUUCUUGCAGGUUGUUCAUUCCUUUUUAACAGUUAUCGGCAUUUAUGCAAGUCUUCAUAUCCAUUAAUAAACCAUUGCAUGAAGUAUUUAGUCCACAUUGUUAGCAUUUCAAAUUAGCCUAGGGUGCAUAUCAAAGCAUAUAUUAUUUUCCUAAGAAGAACUUUGGGGUUUUAUUUAUUUUCUCUUUAAGAAAAAAAGGCACACAAGUUGAAAGAGAAAUGGCCUAUGUUCAGUUUACAUAUCAGGUUUUUUAUUUCAUAUAUUUUUCCAAGCUCAUGAACAAGAGAUUUGAAACAAGAGUGAGAAAAAGAGUGUAGAGCCAAGAUGCAGCGUGCAUCUUUAUGAAUCAUUAUAAAUAUCUACUUGACUAUUUAUCUAUAUUUUACAUGUUUUAAAUAUAUUUAGGUAAGAAUAUUAGGUAAAUGUUAAAAUAAAUAUUAGUACCAAGAAUUAUUUAGAAUAAUUAUUUGAUUAAGUUGAUGUAAUCCACAGGCAUUGCAUUCUGGUGCUCAGACCAAUUGUAUGUUUGUGGGUGCAUGUGGGUGCCUGCAAGCAUGGUAUUGUAUCUUGUCCUUUAUAGUAUUUGAUUAAAUCAUUAUAUUAUGUUAUUGUAGGAUCAUGUAACAUUGUAGAAUAUGGAACAAUGUACACACUACAAAGGUCACAAAACUUAUAAUUGGGUCUCAUAGAGAAUGUGGUCUUUAAAAGGAAAGAAUUUGUAUGUUUGUUAAUUUUCAAUUGAAAGGGAAGGAUUUACAUGAUUAUAUUUUAUUAUCUAUUAGGCAGUGUAAUUAGUAAUAGUUGUUUUUGGUUAUGACUGACAAAUGUGCAAUUAUCAGAGGAGGAACAUAAUCUGAACUGAUUUGUAAAGUGAAAGUAAGUAGAUUGACUUUUAAAAAAUCUGCUUCCAGUAUAUAGCUUUGCUUGUGCAUUGUUGAGUGAACUAUGAAAAUGAACCUAAGUGUGUACUAUAACUUAUUAGAUGUACUGAUAUUGUAUUGGAUCACAGUCAAUACUUGAUGCUAUUCCACCGUAUAUAUAUCUGGCAAUUAGAUUUGUUUAACAUUAUAAUAUGAAAUAAAACUUAUCCCAGUGUAUGUUAGGCAAGAAUGAAAUAGCCUAGUUUUAGCUUAUAAAAGAACAUGAAAUUAGUUUAAAAAGUUAUUUGUGAUAAUACUUAUAAUUCUGUGACUUCCUAUAGUUACAGUGUUUUGAAACAAUAUAAACUGAAAAAUUAA